GUCACCAACAUCUUCCAGUUCGGAUGGUGGAGGUGUAAGCAGCGCACUGGCGAGCUGACCCACUGGCAGAGGUGGGAUGCUGCUUACUACCUUGGCGCCGCCAUCCCCAUGAACUUGGGAAUGCCUCUAGCAGUUGUCCUCAUCUACAUCGGUGAAUGGGGCUAUCCGGGGUCCAAGAUGUGGCAUUCUAGCAGCUGGAUGCCCAACACAGUCCAUGGCAUCACGCUCUACGUCUUCAAGUGGAUUGGCGUGAUUUUCCUGACCAUCGGGGUCUUGAAGGCGACACAGCUUCACACCAAGAUCCAAAAGAAGUGGAGGAAGCUCAGGGGCAAGGGGCAACCACAG